AUUCUACCGUCAUAACCUAAAAGGACCUGAUAUUUGCCUUUAUACCUCCAAGAGAACUUCUUCGAUAUCACAAUCAGCAUUAUCACCAACCACCAAUCUCUCUCCACUUCCUAUAUCUCAGACAUCUCUCUAUAUCCUAUCUCAACUUCUUGUAUUCACCUUCGAGUCCUUCCUUUACUACUCGACUUAUACCAACUCACACUCCAUUUGGAUAUAUUCCCCACGGACCAGGCCACCUCACCGUCCCAGAUACCAGUAUCCGGAGUGCUCGCUUGGACCCAUGUUUUGAGCCGUUUGUUCUUUUCUGGUCUCUGUCGACUAGUCCAUUUCUUACCGCAAGUACUCAGUACUUUUGGGCUCUCCCAUAAUGCUCCUAACGCCGCCACCAUCCCCUCAGCUUACAACUUGUUUGUCGCCAGAGGAUCGAUUGGGGUGCGUGCUUGCCGGAAGAUUGGAAAUCGUCUCAAUCCUUGGAAUUGGUGCCUAUGGAGUGGUCUACCAGGCCAUCGACAUCCUGACCAACGUCCCAUAUGCGGUGAAGGCUCUUCCCAAAUCCGGCCUGGAUGCUAGACAGCGUCGAUUCCAGAGACGGGAAAUCGCUCUUCAUCAUCAAGCAAGUCAGCAUCCCAAUGUUGUCUCGCUUCUGCGCAUUUUGGAUAGCCCGGACUGCACGUUCGUCGUGAUCGAAUUUUGUCCCGAGGGCGACCUCUUCUCCAACAUCACUGAACAAGGACGAUUUGUCGGCGACGAUCAAUUGGCCAAGCAUGCGUUCUUGCAGAUCCUGGAUGCUGUCCAGUAUUGUCAUUCCAUUGGGAUUUACCACCGCGACCUGAAGCCCGAGAACAUCCUGGUCACCAACCAUGGUAGCACCGUCAAGUUGGCCGACUUUGGACUUGCCACCACCGACUCUAUCACAUCCGAUUUUGGCUGUGGUUCGACGUUCUACAUGUCACCAGAGUGUCAACAAGCACCAGCUAAGCCGUAUGCUCGUUAUGCCGCUGGACCCAACGACAUUUGGUCGCUCGGCGUCAUUUUAGUCAAUCUGACCUGUGGUCGCAACCCCUGGAAAAAGGCCUCUCCCGAAGACUCUACGUUCCGAGCUUUCCUGAAGGAUCCCAAGUUUUUGAGCUCGAUUCUGCCAAUCUCUCCUGAGUUGAACAUGAUCUUGCGCCGCAUCUUCGAGUGUGACCCGAACAAGAGGAUCACUCUUCAGGAACUCCGGGAAUUGAUCAUCAACUGCCCCAGGUUGACCAUGAACCCAUACAACACUCUACCUCCAUCUCCACCACAGUCUCCCUACACCUAUGUGGACCCCAUCAUGGACUGCGCGAACAUGGCUCUGCCACCCUCGCCUCCCGCGUCUCCAGCCCCUCACCAACUCUUCCAAACUCAACCUUCGGAAUGGUCACUGUUUGAGCCAGCCUCGAAGUCGGGAUCUUCUUGUUCUUCCGUGUCCACGGAUUCUGGUUACGAGUCCGAGACUACUUUCGCCGAUGCUGGUCAACAUCUGCAGCCUCCAGUCUUCAACUUCUACGGCAACGUUAUUCCCAUGAACGAACAUGACAAACCUUACUUCUCACCGGCAAACUUUGUUUCCACUGUGGCCGCAUAUUAAUUUUGGCUCCCAUCCCAUAUACGUUGAGCAGCAACCGGUUGAUGCUGUUAUGAAGUCACGGACGUACGACAGGAGUUUUGUCCCUUUUACUGGAUACCCAGGCGGUUUACGAUAUUCGUUUUUUCACACCCGGACGAGAUCGGGCACCUUACGCCCAGGAAUUACGUCGAAGUUUUAUCGUUUGUUG